AUGUCGUCCACAAUAAUCGCUUCAGCCGCAGCGUCCGCGACGGCGCCGCCAAAAGCACCACCGCAGGGUGGUAUUCUUGAGGGAGUCAAUCCCGUGCAUUUCGAUAAAAGCCACCCAAUCAUACUUUUCAUCAUCCAGGCUUCGAUCAUCAUCAUUUUCUGUCGGGUUCUUGGAUGGCCGCUCUCGAAACUCCGCCAGCCUCGCGUGAUAUCUGAGAUCAUCGGCGGCAUCUUGCUUGGUCCCUCGGUUUUUGGCCGCAUCCCAGGUUUCACCGAGGCGAUCUUCCCGACGGAGUCUAUGACCAAUCUAAACCUUGUAGCCAACCUUGGAUUGACAUUGUUCCUUUUCAUCAUCGGCUUGGAAGUAGACCUACGAUUCUUGCUGAGCAACUGGAAAGUCGCUCUCAAUGUCGGUGUCAUCAGCAUGGCGAUCCCCUUCGGCAUGGGAUGCGCCAUCGCAGUCGGUCUAUACAACGAGUUCAAGGAUGAGCCGGGGAUGGUGGACAUCGAUUUCUCCAUCUUCAUGCUCUUCAUUGGUGUAGCUAUGGCUAUUACUGCUUUCCCUGUGCUUUGCCGUAUCCUCACUGAACUCAAGCUCCUGAUGACUCCCGUCGGUGUCAUUGUUCUCUCGGCCGGUGUUGGAAACGAUGUCGUAGGGUGGAUCUUGCUUGCGCUCUGCGUUGCCCUUGUCAAUGCAGGCAGCGGUCUUACGGCACUCUGGGUGCUGUUGACGUGUGCCGGCUUCAUGUUGUUUUUGUGCUACGCCGUCCGACCCGUCUUCAUAUGGUUCCUGCGCAGAUCUGGUGCGUUGCAGGAUGGACCCAGUCAAGGCAUCAUCUCUCUCACGCUCAUUAUUGCUCUGGGUUCCGCUUUCUUUACCGGCAUCAUUGGAGUGCACCCUAUCUUUGGAGCAUUUAUGGCCGGUCUGAUCUGCCCUCACGAGGGUGGUUUCGCCAUCAAGGUCGCCGAAAAGAUUGAGGAUCUGAUUGGUGCCCUGUUCCUGCCGUUAUACUUCACACUCUCCGGACUCAACACCAACGUUGGUCUUCUCGACUCUGGAAUCGUUUGGGGCUACGUUAUCGGUGUCACCGCUGUUGCCUUCUUCUCGAAGUUCAUCGGCGCCUCGCUUGCAGCUCGAGGAACGAAGAUGCUAUGGCGUGAAUGCUUCGCCAUUGGCUCUUUGAUGAGUUGCAAGGGUCUCGUCGAGUUGAUUGUGCUAAACAUUGGAUUGAACGCCAAAAUCUUGAGCACGCGAACAUUUACGAUCUUCGUUGUCAUGGCACUCGUCACGACAUUUGCAUCCUCUCCACUUACCAUGUACUUCUACCCACCGUGGUACCAGAAGAAGGUCGAGUCCUGGCGCCGCGGGGAGAUCGACUGGGACACAGGGAAGCCUUUGGACAACACCGACAGUGUUCAAGAUGGAGUCCACGCUGAUAAGAUGGCCGCUGAGAAGAUCAAGCGGGUCACUGUGUACCUGCGCUUGGACAGCAUGCCUAACUUGCUUGCUUUCACCUCACUGUUCGGAGGAUCUCAAGCGCCAGCAGCCAAGGUCCAUCCUUCGAUUGUAAACACGGAGACUGCAGAUUCAUCUCUGGAAGAAGUUGCGCCCAACCGACCCGUCGAAGCAUACGGUCUACGCCUCCUCAACCUGACUGAUCGUGGCUCGUCCGUCAUGCAAGUCUCCGAAAUGGAAAGCUACACCGCCUACGACCCCGUCGUUAACACAUUCCGCACCUUUGGGCGCCUCCACAACCUUGCCGUCAGUGGCGAAGCCCUGGUGGUCCCUGAGUCCUCCUUCGCCGACACCCUCGCCACACGCGCCUCAGAGUCAAAUCUGCUCCUCCUCCCCUGGAGCGAAACAGGUGGUAUGUCCGAACAAGCCAUUAUCGAAGACAAAGGUACCAAGAACAAACUCGCCGCGUCCUCGUACAUCGCCUUUGUCAACGCCACCCUCGACGCAGCCACAACCCCCGUCGCCAUCCUCGUCAACAAGAACUUUGGCGGCUCCAAAAACAAAGACCGCAAGCAGAAUCUCCGUCUCACGCGCACUUACAGCAGCGUCUCUCUGCAUGCCGACACCACAGUCACAGCCCCCAUCGCGGACCGCAGCCACCACAUCUUCGCGCCCUUCUUCGGCGGCGCCGACGACCGCGCUGCCCUGCGCCUCGUCCUACAGCUCGCCGAAAACCCCCAGAUCACCGCGACCAUCGUGCACUUCGACGUCGCGGAGGCGAUCCUGGGCGCGCCCACCCCGUCGCCCUCAUCCUCAUCCACCUCUCCUACCAAAUCCGGCGAGAUCAUCACAACCACUGCGACCAUCCCCUCGCGCGAGCAAGACGCAGCGUUCUUCGCCUCCCUGCGCGCGUCCCUGCCCGCAGAGCUGGCAAACCGCGUCAUCUUCGACACAGUCCCAUCUACACAGCCCGUCGCCGACGUCAUCGCGCGCGCGAGCAUCGAGGUCGGACAAGCGCCCAAGAACGCGGGCGAUCUAAUUGUGCUGGGGCGCAACAUCGGGCGCAACGCGGCGCUGGGCGCGGAUCGGCCGGAUGAGAUUCGGAGUGCGGGGGAAGCGGGGAGCAGUUUGGGGGUGUUGGCGGAGCGGGUGUGGGAGGGGAAGGUGGGGGCUAGUUUGCUGGUGGUGAGGGGUGGAGUUGCGGGGCUCUAG